AUUUUCAAAUAAAAAAAUUGAAAGAUUAAUUAUUAGAACCACCUCAUCUUCAAGUGCUUCAAGAUUUUAUUUUUCUCAACUCUUCUUUUAAGUUAAGAUCUUGGUUGCAGUUCUUACAGUGCAAGAUAUGAUGGAAUUUUAGAUUGCACCACCAGUUGUGUUGAGUGAGAAGGACUUGUUUGUGUAUGUAAUUAAUGUCUUUCCGUAGCAUAGUUCGUGAUGUGAGGGAUGGAUUUGGUAGUUUAUCGAGACGGGGUUUUGAAGUUAGGCUCUCAGGUCAUCACAGUAGAGGAAAGUCACAGGGUUCGGUUAAUGAUUUGAGUGAUAAUAAUUUGGCGGCGCUUGUGAUUCAGAACAGUCGGUGGGCUAAUCUUCCACCUGAGCUUCUUUUUGAUGUAAUUAAACGAUUGGAAGAAAGUGAAAGCACAUGGCCGGCUAGAAAACAUGUUGUUGCUUGUGCUGCUGUUUGUAGAUCUUGGAGAAGUAUGUGUCAGGAAAUUGUUAGAAACCCUGAAUCAUGUGGAAAACUUACUUUUCCGGUUUCCCUGAAACAGCCGGGAUCUCGUGAUGGAACAAUUCAAUGUUUUAUAAAGAGGGAUAAAUCCAACUUGACAUACCAUCUUUUCCUUUGUCUUAGUCCAGCAGCUUUGCUUGUUGAAAACGGGAAGUUCUUGCUCUCAGCAAAACGAACACGCAGAACUACAUGCACUGAGUAUGUCAUAUCCAUGGAUCCUGAUAACAUUUCGAGAUCAAGCAGCACUUACAUUGGAAAGCUAAGAUCAAAUUUUCUUGGAACAAAAUUUAUAAUAUACGACACGCAACCCCCACAUUUCAACCCUCAUACGCCACCACCAGGUCGAUCAAGCAAGAGAUUUCACUCCAAAAAAGUUUCACCAAAGAUGCCAAGUGGCAGCUACAACAUUGCUCACAUCACCUAUGAGCUUAACGUGCUUGGGACACGGGGCCCACGUAGGAUGCACUGCAUCAUGCAGUCAAUCCCUGCCUCAUCACUUGAGCCAGGCGGUUCAGUCCCUGGUCAACCUGAGCUGCUCCUUCCUUCCCACUCUCUAGAAGACUCUUUCCGCAGCAUUUCUUUCUCUCGGUCACUCGACCGGUCAACAGAAUUCAGCAGCUCUAGAUUUUCCGAGAUCAUGGGAGCUGCAACAUCAAGUGAUGUGCCAGAGAGUGAAAAGUCAAAAAUGCCCCUGGUCUUGAAAAACAAAGCACCUAGAUGGCAUGAACAAUUGCAAUGCUGGUGCUUAAAUUUUAAGGGACGUGUGACAAUCGCUUCUGUCAAGAACUUUCAGCUGAUCGCCGCCCAACAGCUACCACCAGCACUCCAGCCACCAGUAGCAGGAGCCUCUCAGUCAGCUCAACCAGAACAUGACAAAGUCAUCUUACAGUUUGGUAAAGUCGGUAAAGACAUGUUUACUAUGGAUUACCGGUAUCCUCUGUCUGCAUUUCAAGCAUUCGCAAUCUGUUUAAGCAGUUUCGACACCAAACUAGCCUGUGAAUAAAACAAAUAGAAGAAACAUUAAGAGAAAAAAAAUUAACAUUUUGUUUAUGUACCCGUCUUCGUGGGCCAAAUAGGAAGAUUGUUGAUGUUGAAAUGAUGAUGGUUGUCCAUACAUGGCUAUGUGAAUUAUGAAGUUUAUCCGCUGUUUCAGUUUGUUAUGCAAAGCUUGAAGCUAGAUCGACCUUAUGUAAGUUUCAUUUAAUGGGUUACAUUUGUCGGUUGUGAUGCAGUUAGCAUCUGGUUCAAGUGAUUUCUGAAAGGUUUUAACUUAGAUUAAUGUUCUUGACU